CACGUGAACACUGUUACCGUGGCAACCAGCUAUCAACAACCUGCGGAGGCUGUAGCUAGCUGUGCCGUUAGCAACAAGCUGUAGUUAAGAUAAGUUACAGUUACUUUUAGAAAUGUCGCGGGCUCACGCGGAAAACGUGAUUAAAAACAUUAUCCGUGAGAUAGUGCAGGAGUGUGCGGUGAGGGGACAUGUCGUGUCGGACACUUUGGUUGCUUUCAUGGUGAAAGCUGUUGUUCUGGACCCAAGAAAUGGAUUCAAUGUUGAUCGCACACUGACAAAACAAGAUGUCCAGAAACUGGAGGAGUUGUGUCUGGAUAAACUGAUGGAAAAGUGCAGCCCCUCCCUCGACACAAUCAAAAUGCAAGUGUAUUUUGAUAUAAAUUACACUUCCCGACGUGAGUUUCUCGAGGAAAUCCAGCGGGUGGUGGACUCCAGGCUCAGCCCAGUUAGCAGAGACAUCACUGAUAGCAGGGUGAAAACACGAGAGGAACUAGAUGCUCUGUACCGUAAAAUCAUCACAUACAUCGUGCUGCGCUCCGGCAUGGGUUCACCUACAGAUGACAACACUCUGCAAGAGGCUACAGCUGCUCUGCAAAGUGUCUUUCCUCCGACUGAACUGGGAACCUUCAUGGUGCUUUUAAAGAAGGAAAAGGAGAAGCAGCUUAAUGAACUUACCAUGAUUGUAACAGGGAUCCGAAUCUUCAACAAAGCCAGCAGGAAGAGGGGGGAGGAAACUGACCUUCGUGAACUAAUGCCGGACUUUCUAAAUGGAAGUCUUCCAGUCAUCAGUAACAGCAUAGAGAAGGAGCUGAGUGCGUCACAGAGUUUGGCAUGGAAAUACACGGCUGUGCUGGAGAAGCUGACAGACUCUGACCAUCAGCCUGAAGAACUUGACGUGUCCUCUGUCUUGCUCAAACAGGCUCUCUACAACAUCAGGCAGCACGAAGUGUUCCUCAAAAUGUUACUGGCUGAUGCAUGUCUGUGUGCCAAGCAUGUUGAAUUCCUGCAGACGGAGCUCUCGUCACAGAUGAAGCUGCUGAAAGAAACCGUGCAGUCAAAGACAGCUGUACCCACUGCAAAUGUUUUUCCACUGUUCAAAGCCCUGUCAGACGUGUGGUCUGGACUUCGGGAUGAGGCUGAGCUGCUGAGCAUCCUCAAUAACAUCAAGCUCAGUCUGCAGCCCCUCCUCACCUCUCAGGCCAACAUUUUUUCUGAAGCUUAUCUGGAUGACCUGCUGGAGGCGUCAGAGGUGAAGACAGAUGAACAGAGACUGACUGAGUCCUCAGAUGAGCGCAUUAUUCAAGCUGAGAUGAAGACACAGGAAUGGCUCCUGCCUGAAGCAACAACUAGUUUUAAUGAUCUGUUGCUACAGUAUAAUGGAGUCUGUGGCUACACACUUGUGAACCGGGAUGGGCUUCUUCUUCCAGGUAAUCCACACAUUGGAGUCAUGAGACAUAAAGAGAAGCUUUAUGCUUUUAGCUCCAAAGAAGCAGCUUUGAAAUUUGCCUCUCGUCCAGACGACUUCAUUGCAGAGGUCACAGAAAAAGCCAAGCUCUCUCCUGAACUCAUUCAGCUUCUCAAACUCCACCAACAGUUCUCCUGUGUCAGUCCAUACUCUGAGAUGCAGCCAGGAGAGAGUUUGCUGGUGAAGCCCAUCACUAAGUGUGAGAGCAGCACGCAGACUGACCUACACCCAGUGGAGACAAACAUAGUCAAGUCAUAUGAGUGGAAUGAGUGGGAACUGCGGAGAAAAGCUAUCAGACUGGCUAAUCUUCGGACCAAAGUUACGCACUCAGCACAGACUGAUCUGAGCCACAUGAGGCGGGAAAACAUCACUCAGACCUGGCUGCCCAAGGACGCCGCCUGUCAAAGCAAGAGAGACGGUGAGAGCAACAUGCCCAGGCCUCAGGUCUACCUGGCAGGUCUGAGGGGACAAAGAGACGGACACAUGGUCAAAACUAACCUGACCAGAUCUGUGGAUGAAUAAUCAAGACACCGGCCUUCACUCACUGACUCCUUGGCAGACACCCUCAUUCAUGCCUUCAUCACCUCCCGCCUGGAUAAAUGUACUGGAGUCCUGUCCAGUGUACCAGACAAUGUUCUGAACAGUCUUCAGCGCUAAGCCUGGCAGCACAUCACCCCGACCCCUCCACUGGCCCGGAGGCAGUGGAGGUGGCAGGCCGGUGUGCUGCAGCUCCUCUCCUGGUCGUCGGUCGCUCCGUCGACCACGGCCCGCUCCCUGUUGGCUGGCAUCACCCUCCACAAGAUGACUGUUGAUUAGAAGAAAAACUUUAUUGGAUUAGGGUCUAAUAGACAAGUUGAUGGUUUAUGUGAAGGCUAGUAAAGUCACCUUGGAAAGAUCUAUAGUGUAGAUCUAUAGUGUAGUUAAUAAUUGUGAAUUCAAAUGUAAUUAGAAAUGGUCAGACAGAAGAGGUUUUCGGGAAAAUAUUAUUAAAUAUUACAUUUCUAAGUCAUAUGUCAGAACAAGAUCAAGAGUGGGAUUAAAACAGUGAGUGAGUGUGGUUAUUUACAUGUUGAAUAAAACCACUGGAGUCUAUCAGUGAAUUAAAUGCAGAACUAAGGCUGUCAUUAGCAAUAUUGUGAUUUGCAACUAGGAUGUACGAGGGUUAGGAUGAGACUUUCAAAUGUACCUGUAGGUUGAGUGUUGAUUGAUGAGUCCGAUUUAAAGAUGGCUGUGACCCCUCCACCUCUGCCUGUGUUUCGAGGACUAUGAGUUCUAAUGUGGGUGGGGGGCUUUGCUUUAUUUAAACCCACAUAUUCAUCUUGCUGCAGCCAGGUUUCAGUCAAACAGAAUCAAUCAAAUUGGUGAUCAAAUAUCAGAUCAUCACAAGUAGAGCUUUUGAUCUGAGUGACCUUCUAUUUAAUCGGCAACAUUUUAUCAUUAUAUUUUUGGUUCUAUAGUGCUUGUAUUCAUUUCCAUUAGCUUUGUAUGUAUUACUUGUCUCCUGCUUACUUUUGAUUUAACUCAUGUAGGUGGUCAGGGGCAGACAGUUUCUGUUGAGUCUUUCUUUAGUUUCUGCAGACACAGUAAAUGCUUACUCCAGUGAGGAGAUGGCUUUGCCAUGUGAGCUACACAAGACACAGCAAUGGCUGCUAAUUACUUCUGAUUAGUGUCUAUUGUUAAUGUGUAAAGUGAGCGCAGGUCAGCGGGUGAGUGAGGAGGGAGGACAUGCAGCAGCACGGUAAAAGGAUACCUGGCCUAUAAUGUGUAUCUGCAGCAAUCCUGAACGAGUGGCGGUGAUGAUUUGGUUGCUCUACGUCCUGGUUCCAUGGUGUAAUGGUCAGCACUCUGGACUUUGAAUCCAGUGAUCCGAGUUCAAGUCUCGGUGGAACCUGACAUUCACUUUAUGUAAGCCCUUCUCAUCAGGAUGUUUCUUAUAUCUACAAUGUGGCAGGGGGUCUGUUGUGUUCAUAUCAACACAGAAAUGUCUGUAGCAUUAAAGUGAGGGAUAAUGUAACGUUUAAAGUUCCCUGUGGUUAUCACAUGUCUAUGUUUCCAGACCUUAGACCGGGGUCACCAAAAUAUUGUGACAUCUUCGUCUACGGGUUGGUGUCCUCUUUUUCAUCCUGAGAUAUUUGUAUUCUUCUUGCUUUUUUCCGUUUUGUGGCUGUCAUGUGUUAGAAACAUCAUAUACACACUCACUUGUUUGAGGUGAAUCCUCCCAAUAAGAUAGAUGAGUUAGAGGCGUUGACCCGGCAUGAGAAGCUCUACCGGCCGUGUAGCAUCAUGCUGUUUACAUAGACAUGCACUGCCGGCGUGUCCGUAUAGGGGAACUAGGCAAUUGCCUCCAACUUUGACAAGGGCGGCGAAAUGUGUAUUGCUGAGGAACGUGUCAAUCACGCUGCACCUGCAGCCGCCUCUUUCACCACCUCCCGCCCCCGGCUCCAGUGGUUGAUUCUUUAACUUUAUUUAACUUCAUUUCAGACUCAUACAUAGUUCCUCACACUUAAGUAUUGCAUGUAACUUAUUACUUGCUGAUACCUUUUUGACUCUUACUGCUGAAAUAUUGCAAAGGAUUAUCUUUUCUUAUCUUCUAAGUGUUUUGUUUAUUUUUUCUUUAUUUUUUCCACAAUAAGUUUAUGUUCAUUUUCUUAUACCAUCACAUUAAAAACAUACAUUGACAACAAUUUGAGACCAGAAGUACGUACACGACAUAGACAUACAUAUCCCCAUCCAUACACACAUUCACCCUGCAUUGAUACCAGAUAGAAUACAAAUAAGAUUAAAUACAGUAUUUCCCUACUUUGUUUACAAUCUACUUUCAGGUAAAUCCCAGACAUCCAUCUUUCAUGAUGGUCAUGUAUGGUUCCCAGAGCCAAACAAAGUCUUUCCGCUUGCCCUUAGCAAUGUAAGUUAGUCUUUUCAGACCGAUACAGUCAGUCAGCUUCCGGAUAAACAUUCUCAAUGAUGGUGCAUCCACACUCUUCCAACAGAUUGCAAUAGCUCUCCUGGCUUGAAGAAGUCCAAAGUCCAGAAGUUUGGUCCGUUUCGAUGUUUGUAUAAAGUCCUUCGGAUAUAUUCCAAGUACACAGAGUUUGACAUUGAAAGGGACUUUGAUAUUAAACAUUUCUGACAAACAUUUUGUAACAUCUUUCCAGAGGUUUUUGAUCUUUGGACAUUCCCCAUAGACAAUGAAAUAAAGUACUAAAGUAAGCAGGAGUCUGCACACAACUUUAUAAAGGACAAAGGCAGAAUCACGUAAUGUAAAAGCAUUUGUCAACUACAACUUUCCAUAACUUUUUGCUGUAAUACUUUUACACACAGUGUGUUUUAGUGAGAAACUGCAGAGGAACUUUAUUUUCGAUGGAUUAUUGCCUAAAAUCCAAAGAAGUAUUCCUAUUUAUGGCUUCUAUGUGUAGAUGGUUCAAUUCAUGUUGUAUACAUGCCUUAAUUCAAGAAUAUAUAUGUAUAUGUUUAACAAAAA